UAAGUGACGCGCCAGCCUGGAGAUAGAAGUAAACAUGGCUGAAGGCGGCGGCAGUGUGAACUCUCUGAACGAGAACGUGCCUGUUUAUGAACACGUCGAUGUAAACUCCAAACCAUUUCACAUCGGCAGCUUCAGAGAUUUAUGGCUAAGCGUGCUGAACCCGGAAGAUUACUCUUUUAAGGAGACUUCCGGUGAAAUCGACGAUGUGCGGUUUAUGCAGGAGAUGGGAAUCCCACCGGAAACUCUGGAGGAGCUCAAAGCCGUCUGCAGCACUGAAUCUCUUUGCUGUCACCCUGCAGAUGAAGCUCCUGAUCCUGACGACAUUCCUGCAGACACUCAACUCGCCACAUUAAAACUGAGGAAGAAGAGAUUGGACUAUAAGAAGAGUCUGAUACGGGACAGUGUGGGACGACAUGACGCUUACGCUAAUGAGCUGGAAAUGCUCACACUGGGCAGGAGAAUUGAAGAUGCCACAGACCUCAUUCCCGAGGGUGAAAUCGUCCUCACCUUCAACGUUAUCUAUCCCAUCCUGUUUAAGCAAUUUAGACAUGUGAGGGUGUAUCAGACGCUGCAUAUUCUGGGCUCACAGAAGCUCACUGAGCUCAGAGACGCCAUCUGCUGUGUGAGCGACCUGCAAGUGUUCGGAGAGUUCAGUAACACACCGGACAUGGUGCCUCAGUUCAUCAGCAAGGAUCAUUACAAAUCUGCGUUCUUCUACUUCGAGGGAGUUUUCUACAACGACAUGCGAUUCCCAGAGUGUCGAGAUAUCACCAAGGUGACACGUGAUUGGGCCAAAACCAAAGGCUUCCCCGAGUUUACGACGGCGAAGAUGGAGGAGACGACGUUCAGUGACCUGAGGGUGAAGGUGGGAUAUCCGUACCUGUACUGCCAUCAGGGAGACUGUGAACACGUCCUCAUCCUCACAGACGUCAGGCUGGUCCAUAAGGAUGACUGUUUAGACAGGAAGUUGUAUCCACUGCUGACACAUAAGCACAGGGUCGUGACCCGGAAAUGCAGCGUGUGUCACCUGUACAUCAGCAGGUGGAUAACCACGAAGGACGCUCUGGCUCCCAUGGACCCGUGUCUGUACUGUGACCAGUGUUUCCGUCUGCUGCACUAUGACCAGCACGGCAACAAACUGGGAGACUUCCAGGCCUACGCUUACGUCGAUCCUGGAGCUUUUAACUGAGCAUGCUCCACACCACAACACAUACAACACACAUACAACACACACACCACACACACCACAACACAUAGAACACACACACACACCAACACACACCACAACACCAACACACACCACAACACCAACACACACCACAACACCAACACACAACACACAUACAACACACACACCAACACACACACCAACAUACAACACACACACCACAACACAUACAACACAUACAACACACACACCACCACACACACACCACAACACCAACACACAUACAACACACACACCACCACACACACACCACAACACACAUACAACACACACACCACAACACCAACACACACCACAACACACAACACCAACACACAACACACAUACCACCACACACACACCACAACACACACACCACAACACACAUACAACACACACACCACAACACCAACACACAACACACAUACAACACCAACACACACCACAACACACAUACAACACACACACCACAACACACACCACAACACCACCACACACACACCACAACACCAACACACACCACAACACACAUACAA